UCAUCCAAUAGGAGCGGUGUGCGUAGCGAAGUGAUGGCGGCGACGGAGAGCGAGGAUGCCGGGGGAAGCAGAGGCCUUGCCGGAGCGUCGGGGACACCCCGGGGACAAGGCGACAGCGAUGGACGGCGACAUCCAGGGCAGCGGUGACGAGCAGUGAGGGUCCGGAGCGGCGGGGACCGAGAUUACUCCUUGGAGUUCUGACCUUCAGCACUUACCAUGUACCUUACUGCUCAGAUGGAGACCUCAGGUCCUGCUGCCCCCACGUCUUGCUCCGGGUCUUUUAGAGUCACCGGAGUAUUUGACCACCUGUCUUCUCAGGAAUCUGGAGGCAGCCGGCGAUGGCUUCCUAUUUCAGCUACGCCCAGGCUGGUUCCAUGGAUUUCUCGAAAAUCCUGCACCAGGCCCCGGAGGGCACGUUCCAUAGGAUCCCUUUGGUCCCGGUUCAUGGCAUUCCCCUGAUGAAGCUGAUCGCAACGUCCUGGGAUAAAGUCGAGAAAUUCCAGGCUCGGAAGGAUGACCUACUGAUCGCCACCUACCCAAAAGCAGGGACCACGUGGAUGCAGGAGAUCGUCGACUGCAUAAUGAACCACGGAGAAGUGGAGAAGACCCGACGGGCCCCCACACAUGUCCGCUCCCCCUUCCUGGAGAUGUUCCUCCCUCCUCCUGUGCCAUCCGGAAUUGACAUGCUGGAGGUCGCCCCGUCCCCCAGACUGGUGAAGACUCAUCUGCCGUACGAGCUGGUGCCGCAGUCUUUCUGGCAGCAGAAGUGUAAGGUGAUUUACGUUGCUCGUAACGCAAAGGACAAUGCGGUGUCAUAUUAUCAUUUUGAUCGGAUGAACAAGAUGCAGCCUGACCCCGGGACGUGGGACGAAUAUGUGGUGAAAUUUCUGAAGAGUGAUGUGGGCUGGGGAAGCUGGUUCAGCCAUGUUCUUGGGUGGUGGGACGCCAGAGACAAGCAUGACGUGCUGUAUGUGUUCUAUGAGGAUAUGAAGGAGGACCCCAAACGGGAGAUCAGAAAGGUCAUGAGAUUCUUAGGGAAGGACCUGUCUGAAGAUGUUGUGGAGAAGAUCUACCAACACACGUCAUUCACCGCCAUGAAGGAGAAUCCAAUGGCCAACUACUCCACCAUCCCCUCCAACGUGCUGGACCAGUCAGUGUCAUCCUUCAUGAGAAAAGGGGAAGUUGCUGAUUGGAUGAAUCACUUUACAGUAUCUCAGAAUCAGAUAUUUGAUGAGGAAUAUGAGAAGAGGAUGGGGGGGUCCACACUGACGUUCCGCUGUAAAAUCUGAUGUCAAUACGAGGCUGGAGACCAUGGAUUCCACCGCGAUGGCCACAGAACCUUAAAGGUGUACUCCCCGGAAAACAUAUAUAUAUAUAUUUUUUUUUUUUUUAAAUCAACACGUGCCAGAAAGUUAAACAGAUUUGUAAAUUAAAAAACAAAAAAUUAGGUGCAGCUCAAAACAGAAGGUCCGAGGUAAUUAAAGCUAUAGCCGGACCCCACCGGCAACAGAGUAAAAAUGUAUUCAAAAUAAUAGCAUAUACACAUUUCUACUGAGGAAAGGGGUCGGAGGACUACAAAUCCCAGAACCCCGAAACGCGUUUAGGUGUCUGGCACUGUUCACACAGUCCUUACUAGUGUCUGCCUGCAAACUCACAGGUCCCGGUAACAGAGGGACUAACCCAGCCGUAUUCCGCCCUGCCUGGCGGCAAUCCUACCUUUAUCCAUCUCCCACAGCCUACACUUCCUGCAGCUCAGGUCUCCACGUGGGACGCCAUCCCUGGAUCACCCGCCGCUCCCGAGCGCACCAUUGCCGCCGGACUUACUGCCGCUCCCGUGCUGACUGACACUCUUGCCGGAAUGUCAGAACAAUACCAUCA